CGGAACUGAAUGCAGGACGCAAGAUGGACGCGAACGUCUGACUUUCUGUUUCUUUUUCGUUUCGCUUUUGCUCGCGCGAGCUACUCUCUUCUAGAUACCGCGGCGUGCCUCGAGCAGACGGCACGCGCUGUCGAAUGAAUUGGAAUCCCAGUCAGAAUUCGAACUCCGUUAAAAACAGUCCUUCAGACCGAUUCGCUGGCAGCCGUUCGUUUCCACAGCCCAACGUUUACUGUCUUUAUGUGGAUUCGCUUCCUGGUUGCAACACACAGUCACACAGCACAAUUCUAGUCCUUCAAAACGCAGUUCAGCUUCAGAGACCAGUCGUCGAGAAUUGUAUUUGUCCUUACAGCUUUAAAUAAACAUUUCAUGACUGUUUUACGGAAAAGGCAGUAUCUUUUUAUUCGUUUAAGUGGAAUGUCGUGAGCCGUCGAGGAUUAGAAAUAUCUAAUAUAUCGUGUGCAAAGCGAAAACCUGGGAUCUAUGCCUCGUCUUCAUGGAGAAUGUGACUACUCGAUCAACAGAAGGUCUUCUGGAGCCUGUGCAUCCAGGCUCAGUAACCUUUAAUGAGAGUAUUCUAGCCCCACUUCAUAACAACUAUUUGUAUGAGGAAUCAAAAGAAUGUUUCACAUACAACUCUGCCCAUUUGAUCAACAAUGGCGCUUUACAAAAGCGGUAUGCUGCCUUUCGUUCCGAGAAAUGUGAAAAAGGAUAUUCUGAACAGGAACUUGAAGAGUCAUUUGGCUUCCUGUUGCUUGAUGAUGCAAACAGGGCAAGGAAAAUUGGCAAAACAGGCUUGUUGGUUGGACAAGCAAAAUGCACUACUCUUGGAGACUCCUCGAAAGGUGUCUAUAUCUCAAAAUACUCGGACUGCCUUGACCUGAAGCGCUGGUACGAUGGCAAGACAGGCUACAUAGUCCUUUUGAAGCUGACCAAGGGGAGAGUGAAAGAGGUUACAGACAACUACACCCAGAAUUUCACUCCUCCGACAGCUGGCUACGACUGCCACAUAUCAGAUCAGUUUGGUGCUGUGUCUUCAACUACUAGUUCUUUCUUGGCCUAUGAGCGAACACAGUACUAUAUGUAUGAACGCCGUGAUGGAAGCAAUGAAAUAGAAACAUGUCCAAGACAUGCUUGUCCGUUUGCCAUUGUGGUAUUCUCAUUUGGGAAGAUGAGCACCAUGCCAGAUUUGGAGCAAAAAAGCCAAGACAAAACAGUGUUUCAUUACCAACCAUGGAUUGGCCAGUUCAAGAUUGAAUCUACUGUCUAUGAUGUUGGUCUUCAGUCUUCGAGCGGAGCCUGGUUCCCAGCCAAACUCCCAAAGACAGUUGAAAUUGACCAUGCAAUUUGUGUGUCUGAGCUGAAGAGGACCUUGCCACGCGAAAUCUUUGAAACUUGCAUUGUGGGUGAAGUUUGCAUAGAUGGCAGAUGUUUCAACUUGUAUGACGUUGUGUCCUCUAAGGCGAAAAAUGACCUGGCUCAGAUAUCCCAAGAGCUGAAGGAAAAAGACAUGGCUCUUGUUAUCCCUCUGGAAGAUUCUGGGUUUCUUAUACUGUUACACUCUACGCACCUCUUCUCUUAUGAAGAUGCAAAGUCGGGUAAGGCAGCAGCACUUCAAGGCAUGUUUAUUUUCCCAGACUCAAGAACUGUGCCAAGAGAUGCCAAGUCUGACCUGCAAAAUACUAAGGUGUCAAUUGAAAUAAUGCAAGUAAUCCCAGCGCUCAACUAUGCAGAAGCAGAGAUGGAAAAAUGUCCUCCAAACCAGCAGGGGCGCUCUCAGGUGUCUUUAGAGAAGCAUUUGCAAGACUAUGGCACUCUUUUUCACCCAGGGCUAUUGGAUGUUCCCACCAGGGAAGCCAGUAUGUUUCCAGAUCAAUAUGAUGUGCCUGGUGGUUUUACCCUAAUAUCGCCUAAAUGGUCACAGGAGGCUGGCACUCAAUUAAAAUCCUAUUUUGAUGAGCCAUGUGGCUUUACUAUUCCAGUAGGGAGGGCAUUGGAGUUACUCACUGCUGGUCGACAACAGCGUGGUGAUGAUCACGAUGAUGAUGUCUAUUACUGUAUAUCAUCACCGGAGGAGGUGCCAGAGACUUAUGGCCAUAUUGAAAUGGAGGUGACAAAGCAAUCCGAGGCCAUCAGUGAUGCCUCUGACAGAAUAGCUGAAACCGUUAAUAGACAAAAAGAUGAGCAAAAGCAUUUGUCCACAGAGCAGCCUCAACCUGCUUUGCCAGAGGGGCUUGGAAAGCUGAGAACAGCUGUAGUUACAGUAGCUGACAGUGUGUUGGAAUAUCCAACUUCCACAGGGUCACCCAAAUUGGGUGAUGUCCCUACAGAGAAUUGUGUAAGUAUUGAGAAUGAUGUUGAGAAAACAUCUCAAGGUAGUACUAAAGGAGAUGCUAAUGGAGUCGGUGUAUCUACAAAAGAGACUCCCAUCCAAACUAGCAGUACACCAUUAAUCAAAUCAACAGAAGAAGGUGCUGCUGGGGGGAUGGAGGAUAAUACACAUCCUGAGAAAACAAUGCCUGAUCCUGAUAAGAAAGUAAAUCGGAGGUCCUUUUCAAGGCGUAGAAGUAGGAAGCGUAGAACUCAUUGGAAAACCAUGCAAAAUAAAAAAAAACUUCAAAAAAACAUUGCUUUACCGAAAGACCAGAUUAAGACUGAAACCGUGCAUGCUGAUGACCUCAAUCAAAAACCCCAUUCAACUCGUAGGGGCAAGGGACGCAGGCAAAGGGGUGUGAAUCGAAAUCUGAGUAAAGCCAGACAAGCACAAGACCCUUUAUUAAGUGUGACAACUGAAACUAUUGAUGAUCAAAGUAUAAGUCCCUCAAAAAGAGAUUGGCGGUCACAUCCAAGGCGUAAAAGAUUGUGGAAUACAGAUGCCAAUCUGAAACGGUCUUUGAGAUCAGAUGAUGUAAAGAAUGAUGAGGAGACUAUAGUGAAUAUACAGCACAAUGUAACAAAACAAAGUUUGUCUAGCACACCCAAGAGGAAGAUGGAGGGAUUUAACUUGAGGGAACGAUAUGGCCUAAAGACCAUAAUCACAAACUGUGGUAGAGUCUUUGUCCCACAUGGUUCAGAUGUUGACGUAGAAUCUGCACAAAAGGAGAAAACACAUGUUGAGAUGAGCAUUGACACAAAUGCAGAAACGAUUUCUCCUGAGGAGAACAAAUCCAAUGAAAUAGUGGAAAGUAAGGGAGAAUCUCCCUUGAAGGGUAAGGAAGAAUUGCCCUCUAAAGAUCCACUGGUCAAUGACGACGAAGACUCGGACAGCACUUCUAAAGACAUGCCAAGUGCUCUCUUGUCAGCAUUAAGGAUAUUGAGAAAACUUCACACAACCCAUCCAUCAGAAAGUGACAAAAGUCAGGAUGUAUGUCCAGAAAAGUCCAUGAAUGCUGCAUCAAACGUGGCUGUAGGUGUCCAACAAAAUAACAAGGAUCAUCCUGUUGCUGUUCAAGCAGAUGCAACUUCCAGUGUUCCCGGAGUUUCUGACCAAUCCAUGCCCCCGGACCCAAAAGUAUCCUCUCCUGACAAAAUCAAAAAGAAAGCAAAACAUGAUGUGUACAGUGCAAUAUCUAUAAGCAAAUUGAAGACGGUGCUCAGAAGGGGAAAGAGGGUGAAAUCUCCUUCCCCUGGUGACAAUGCAAAAUCUGAGCCAGAUAACGCAGGGCCAGAGUCAAAAAAAGGAAAACUGGGCGCCAUCGUGGAUCUGAAGUGUGAUACUGCCCAAAAUGAGCUGACAGACAAAGGAUCGCAACCCAUAAAUGAUGAGGCACAGCAUACGCCAAUGAAAGGUGUGGAGUUGACAAAACAACCUGUGUCUUGGAGAGGUCUUAUUCACAAGGCAUCAAAAGAAAAUGGGUCCCUCAAUUUUGACACAUCAGCACCUUUUGAAAUAGCUAAACACACUGACCCGCAGCUCAUAUCUUCGCUUAUUGGGGAUAGGGUGGGAAGGAGAAGAAUUAGCACUGAUGGCAAAGCCAGUGCAGAGAGACUGAGCAUGGGUGCAUCUCUGCCCUCAGAUGCUUUGAGUUUACUGGCUGACUUGGCUCUUGGUGCGAGUAACGAUAAAAUAUUAAAAAACUUAGAAGCUAAAGCUGACCAGGAGGCCCUUGAUGGAGUGAAGGCUAGCGGCUCCCCGGAGUCGGUCCUUCAUGCACUUCUUCGUUAUCCAUCUGCCAGAUUUAAAUUACCCCCCAGGUCUCCUUUCCCAGAAGGUCUUUUAGUGACUGGGGAACUGAUUUUGGAAAUAUCAAAAGAACAUUCUUACUCACAGCCCACCUCUCCGCUGUCAGGUUUCUCAGGUCCAUCUCUCAAGGUUUCUUUUCCAUCUGGAAGUGUAGAAUCGCCUCUGUCAUUGAAAACUGGGCUUCAUCUGAACCUACCCAAAGAUGCUGUGGCCUCAUGUCAUCAAGAGGAAGGGGGUAAAGCAGAAUGGAAGCAUUUGAUUUCUCCAAAUAAGCCAUUGUCGGAGAUCCUCAAGACGAAACCGCGGAGAUCAAGAAUUUUACACAACAGAAGCAUAAUCGAAAAGGAGGGAAUGAUUCAAGUGACGAGGAUUUGGAAAGACCCAUAUGAUUUUAAAUUUGACAGCAAGUUCACCAAUGACAGUAAAGAUAAAACUGUCACACGAGCACUUCAUGGGAAAUGGAACUUCAACAUUGAAGAUACCUAUGAGGAUGUCCAUCUCAUUUUUCACAUGUGGAUUGGUCUUUUCUAUAGUAAGCCCACGUCCAGGUUAUUUCACCUUGAAAAUUGUACUGCACUUCCAAAGGAGAAGAACGUUGAAAUAGUUCAUUUGGACAUAAACGCUAUUCAGAACGCUGUGUCAUUGCUCAAUGUUGAUUUGAGCCAGAAAGCGGACUCGGCCAAGCCUGUGCAAGUUUCAUCAGAGGUUUUGGAUCUUUCUGUGAAAAAUGAUGAGCCUGAAAAUCUUCAUUCAGCCUCAAAUCAGAGCAUAAGAAAAGACACUGCAUCACAGCCUGGUGAAAUGUCAUCUCAUAAGCAUGAAACGGCACCAAGGCGUUCACCUUCUGGGACAAGUCUCUCCUCCAGUCCGAAAGUUACAGCAUUGAUGAAUUAUAGAACUCUUGCAGAUGUACCAGUGGAAAGUUCAGUGCCUGACAAUGAUAAUGACACUGAUUAUGAAAAUGAUGUCACCACUGACUGCUCAUAUUCACAGCACUUGGAAAAAAACAGUGCAUACAACCAGUUGUGUGAGCAAGCAUCAAAUAUGAGAAUAGGUGUUCGGAUACUUCAACCAAAGGUCAGAAAUGCUACAAAUAAUAAAGCAUCCACCAGCGUGGCCACUUCUGGUCCUCAAAAAAUUGGUGUUUUCCAUCAAAUUCUUGGUCCCAUAAAACCAUCAGCAUUCUCAAAACAACACCGUCUGAUUUUGGGUAGGAAAAGUUUUGAUCUGGGUUUAAAGAAUGAAAUUGGGCAUGUACCGCAUGUAAUACUGCAAAAGGAGAAAGUGUCUGACAGUGCAGAGAGUAAAGAGAUUUUUGAAGCAAAGAAAGAAAGAAACAAAGAUGGGUGCCCAGAAGCUCUGGUUAAUGAAAAUGUUGACAAGACUGUUGAACUUAAAACUGGAGCAUCCGUUUUGGUGGAGGAAGAGAGUGUAUCUGUAGCUGAAGAGAGUAAAGUUGUAUCAGAUGAAGAUAGCUGGGAUAGAUGUCUGACAAUGAUGGAAGAUGGAAGUGUUGAAGAAGGUGAGGAAAUGAUGCAAGAAAGUGAGAUUAAAUCAAAGGAAGAGGCAGACCUGGUUGGCAAUGAUACUGAACAUGAAACGUCCACAGCAAUGGAGGAAUAUCUAGAUGACUUUACUUUGGUUUUGGAGGAUGAUAUAAACAGUGUUGAUAUGGAAUUCAGUGACGAGGAUUCUGAAACCAAGGUACAGAAGGAAGUUUAUGAACAAAACAGCUCCACUGAGAAAUCAUCUGCCUUCACCGAUGAUGACCAUGACAUGAAGAUGCAGAAGAGUGAAAAACAACCUCAGACACCAGAGGAGGCAAACCUUGUAGAUGGUGCCCUUGAAAAAUUUAGAAAAGAUUCAUGUCCAGGUGAAGAUCAGCUCAUGUCUGUUCAAGAGAAACACACCCUAGCUGCUAAUGAUACUUCUGAUGUAAUGCAUUAUGAGGGUGAAACCAAGACUACUGAGCAGAGUAUAGUGGUCCAACAAGAGGAUCUUGAUGUUUGUCAGGAUGAGGCAAAACCAACAAGUACCGUUGAACCCACCAAAAUAGAUAUUAGUCAUUUAGAAAAAGAUGACAAAAGAGAUUUAGGCCAACAAGAUGCAUUUAAUGUCACUGAUGAGGAUGAUACGCUUUUUGAUGAGAAUGAAACACAAAGUCAAGAUUCUUGUGAAGAUCAAAUGAUCGAAUCAAACCAAGAAUGUCUGUCCCUAAAUAUUUGUGCAUCACCCCCAAAUACCAUGACUGACUCUCGUGAUGAAGCAGUUGCUCUAAUUGACAAACCCUCAGAAGUGGAGGUAAACAGCAUGUGCUCAACUUCCACUCAAGAUGAAAUUCCGUGUUAUCCAGAGGUAAACAAAAGAUUCAGGAAAGAGGAUUUGAAUAGGGACUUGCACUACCCAGAUGACGCUGAUCACGCUGACAUGAUGCCACCUAAAACUCCAGUAAGCCCUCAACCCCAUGUUUCUACCACAAAGCCAUUAUCUGACUUUACAGGACAUUAUGAAGAAAUCCACGAUGACAACCUAAGGUGGAGUAGGAACAAAUCCACUGGCACAGUGGAUUUUAAAGAUAAAUCUGCAACAACUACUGAGCAUUCACCCAAUGAAGUCUCUUUUCCGUUAAAGCACAAACUCUAUCCCACCUCCUAUCAAAAAGACGACUGUAAUUUCAUAGAGGGUGCAUCUCAAAAUGAUUCUGAACUCUAUUACAGAGACAAUUUACAUGGAUAUUACCACAGAUCUGAUGAAUCUAUGCCAUGGCAUGAUUACCAAACAGAGGAAUCCGUUGAUCACCAAUUUUACCCAUGUGGAAACGACUCUGGUGGUGACAAUGGUUCACCCAUUUGUUCCAAGUACAUUACAUCUGAACGUGACUAUUCCUACAAGCACAAAGAGCAUGCAAAGACAGAGAGGGAUGACUACUGUUGGGCAGAAAAGAAUUAUAAAUCGGACACUCUAUCUUUCAAAUACCCAAUAAAGGUUACUUGCACUGCAGACUAUGAGACAGAAGUAGCCCGAAGUUCAAAAAAGAAGUCUCGAAAAAGCAAAUUCUGUCAAAAUGCUGAGUGGGAUGAUGAUCCUUCUGACAGCAUUCAAAAAACAUCAUACUUUGAAACGUAUCAAACAAAGCCAACUAGGUCGUUCACAGUUAGUUCCACUUCACAUGUUAAGCCAAGCACGCAGCAGUUUGACUGGCGCAGGUAUUUCAGAAGGGAGGUGACUUGCAGUCAGCUAUUAGAUGCGAGUGAGAGGGAUAACAAAUUUGACAUUCCACCCUCAUCCAUUGUUACCAUUUUGGACAGGAAAGGAAACCGUGUUAUAUUCAAUAACUCUCCCACCAUGAAACCAUCUUUCGAUGGAAGUAGUUUGACUAAGGGACUUGAAGACUCUUUUAAUGAAUGGCAGGAACAACAAAGUAAGGCUGACGUGACCCUGUCUGCACUUGAUUGCGAGUACCUUAUCUUCUCUCGAAAAAUUAAUCGGGUUCUCAAAGAAACAAAGAGCUCUACCACGUCACACUGUAGGUCAAAUCCUGACCCGGCUUCAUGUCCCAUGACCGUUCGGUUUUCAAAUCUCAGUGAAGUAGAGAGUUCCGCUGAACUUAGUACAGCACAACCACCACUUACCGAUUUUAAGAUUAAAGUGGACAUGUCUGACAGGAAAGAAAUGAAGGAAACGGUGAGAAACCGUAAACCACAUCUCCAAAGACUUUUCUGUGAAAAAGGCAGUGGUGUUGAGUUCUCCGGGAUAUCAGAAAUAACAGAGCAAUGCGCUGUUGCAUACAAGUCCAUGAUGAACGAUGUCUGCAGCGGGAAGACUCUGCCUCGUCCAACUGAGGCAAGAAAGAGGAAGUUUGAUCGAGGUAGAGUGGGCCGUUAUUCUGGAUUCUGUGGUCGCAUCAAGAAAGAUGUUUUUAACAGUCCAAAGUCUAUUGUGAGUCAAGCUAAGAUCAAGUACAGGUUUUAUAUCCUUGUCACAUCAACAGAUACCUUCUUUGAAGAAACCAAGAACCUUUUAGAGAUUGAGGGCCACAAACCGGUUGAGCCGGACGAGUUUGACCUCAAUGGUGAUGAUCAAUCCCCUUUGCUCAUUAUACUGAGGAAUGAGGACAUUGCAGAGCACAUAUGUGAGGUGCCUCAUUUGCUGGAAUUAAAGAAGUCACCCAGUGUCCUGUUUGCUGGCAUCGACCGACCCGAUGAUGUGGUGAACUUCACUCACCAAGAGCUUUUUGCUAAGGGAGGCUUUAUAGUAUGUGAUGAAUUGGCUCUCAACACACUUACUCCAGACGACAUGAAAAAAGUUGUUGGGAUUCUGGAGGAGUUAGACAAGCAAGGGAAAUGGAAAUGGCUUCUACACUACAGAGACAGUCGCAGACUUCGGGAAAAUGCAAGGUCCAGUCCUGAAGCAAGUAAGAAACAGCAGUUUAUAGAUUGCUGUCAGAAAGCUGGCAUAGUCGAGGUCUUGCCCUAUCAUGACUGUGAUGUCAUGUCACGGGACCGACCCGACUAUCUCUUUUGUUUGACUCGACUUCAGAUCCAAAACGCCUCUGUUCGGUUUCCUGUGUUUAUUACAGACACACCAACUGAAUCUUUUGGAACAAAUGGAAUUUUAACAAUGAACAUUUACACAUUCUCACGGAUCCUUUCAAACGAUACUUGUUCUGUGUCAUAAAUUUGUUUUUGUUUUUUUUAUUCAAAAUCCAAUAUCUUACCAUUGGUAAGUACACCUUUGUUAAUAGAAAUAAUUUAUUGUUUAUCAUAAAUGUUAAAGCAUUUAUCUUUGUUACUCAUGGAUUUGCUUACAAUUUAUAAGCUUUCCACUGAGAGCUU